AUGUCUGCCGCUGCUCCUCAGAAUGACACGCCGAUUGUCCCCGAGGCCGACGAUGAGCUGUACAAUGACAGCGAAGAUUAUGCAAGCACAUACGGGACUUCCACCGACUCGCUUACAUCUAGCAUUAUGAAUUAUCAGUGCGUUCCUAACGAUGAGCGAGAACAACAGCGCAUGGAGUUGCAACACCAUGUUCAUAAUCUGACUCUCGGUGGAGACCUAUACAAGGCCCCUCUGAAGGAAGGCAUCCAGCGCAUUCUCGAUCUGGGAACGGGGACGGGCGCGUGGGCAAUCGACAUUGCCGAGGUACCGCCCAACUGCAUUUUCGAGAUCGACGACUUUGAACUCGACUGGAACUUCUCGCGACCGUUCGACUACAUCCACGCGCGCAGCAUUGAAGGCUCCGUCAAGGAUUUCCGCCGGCUCUUCCGGCAAGCGUACAAUAAUCUCACCCCGGGCGGAUGGUUCGAGGUCCAGGAGUUCACUGUCGGCGUGUUUUCCGACGACGACAGUGAGGCAAAGGCGACGGGGAUUUGCGAAUGGCGCGACCAUUUAUUGAAGGGAAGCAGGGCGUUUGGCAAGCCCAUGGGCAUGGCGUCUCAGUACCAGGAGCUGAUGAAGGAGGUCGGGUUCAAAGACGUGCAACAAAACAUUUUCAAGGUACCAUUCUCUCCGUGGGCGAAGGAUGCCAAAAUGAAAGAGCUGGGGCGCUACCAGCAGGUGAACAUGCUGGAGGCGCUGGACGCGUACUCGUUGGCGCUGUUUACUCGCGUGUUGGGCUGGACUGUUGAGGAGGUCCAGGUUCUUCUGAUGAGGGUCCGGAAGGACCUGUUGGAUCGGUCGUUGCAUAUUUACUCGCGGUUAUAUGUGGUUUAUGGGCAGAAGAGCGAGCCUUGA